AUGAUUAUUUGUUCGUUUAUCAUUUUGUUUCUAUAUAUAUUUUUGAACACCAAUAAGCAAGUCAUAUUGGGAAUUCGGAUAAAUAAGGCGUUCAAAAUAACUGAUAAAAAUCAAUUACGUACAAAAAAAAACAAUAGUAGCAACAGUUGCUUAACUAAUAAAAUUUUAUUUAUUGAUGAAAAAAAAAAAAAUAAUUUAUCAGUUCAUGUUAAGAGGGGAAAAGAUAGGUAUUUAAAAAGUCGUGAACAAAUAAAUGAUUAUAUGGUAUUUAAUCAUAUAAACCCAAAAUUGCAGAAUAUUGGAUUUGCAACAAAAUUUACAUACAGAUAUAAUUUGAAUAGAGAUAAUAUUAAUAGUAUAUUUAAUUUUAUUUAUUUAUUAAAAGGAAAUAAUUCGAAAAAAUAUUUCAUAACAACCACACACAAAAUGAAUAAAAGUGAUAGCAAUAAUUUAAAAAGGUAUAAUGCAGAGAAUGAAGAAAGUGAAUAUUUACAUAUAGAUAAAAAUGGUGAAAUAAAUGGUCAAAAUGUAGGAGGUAAACAAAAUGAAUAUAAAUAUAUGACAUCAGAACAAGUGCGAAAUAAUUUUAUUAACUAUUUUAAAAAUAAAAAUCAUACAGUAGUUGAUAGUGCAUCAGUUAUACCAUAUAAUGAUAAUACUUUAUUAUUUACAAACGCGGGUAUGAAUCAAUUUAAAAAAAUAUUUCUUGGAAAUGUCGAUAAAAAUAGUGAUUUAGGUAAAUUAAAAAGAUGUGUAGAUACCCAGAAAUGCAUUCGAGCUGGUGGUAAACAUAAUGAUUUAGAUGAUGUUGGUAAAGAUGUAUAUCAUCAUACAUUUUUUGAAAUGCUUGGUAAUUGGAGUUUUGGUGAUUAUUUUAAAGAAGAAAGUAUUGAAUUUGCAUGGGAUUUAUUGACAAAUGUUUAUAAAAUAAAUCCAGAUAGAUUAUAUGUAACAUAUUUUGGGGGUGAUAAAAAUUUACCUAGUUGCCCACCAGAUUUAGAAGCAAAAAAAAUAUGGUCAAAAUAUUUAGAUGAAAAACGUAUAUUACCAUUUGGAAUGAAAGAUAAUUUUUGGGAAAUGGCUGAAACAGGACCAUGUGGGCCAUGCUCAGAAAUUCAUUAUGAUAGAAUUGGUAACAGAGAUGCAUCCGAUCUUGUAAAUAAAGAUGAUCCAAGUGUUUUAGAAAUAUGGAAUAUUGUAUUUAUGCAGUAUAAUAAAGAUGAAAAGAAAAAUAUGAACAAAUUACCAUCCCCUUGUAUUGAUACAGGUAUGGGAUUAGAAAGAAUAACAUCGAUUUUACAAAAUGUUCAAAGUAAUUAUGAUACUGAUUUAUUUACACCUAUUUUCAAACAAAUAAAAGAAAUUUUCAACGAUAUACCUAACUAUCAAGGAAAAAUUAAUGAAGAGGACCCAGAUAAAAUCGAUUAUGCAUAUAGAGUUAUAAGUGAUCAUAUCAGAUGUUCUACUAUUGCAAUAAGUGAUGGGUGUAUUCCUAGUAAUGAGGGUCGAAACUAUGUUAUAAGAAGAAUAAUAAGAAGAGCAGUUCGAGUGGGUAAACAAGUUUUUAAUAUAAAAAGCAAUGUACUAUGGUUUUAUAAAUUAGUUGACUCUGUUUGUAAAAUAUUAGGAAAUUGCUUUAAAGAUUUACAAAACGAAGAAAAGGUUAAUUAUAUAAAAAAUGUUAUCAUGCAAGAGGAGUUAAUAUUUAACAAAACAUUGGAAAAAGGUGUUGACCAAUUUAAUAAAAUUAUUAAAAAAUGCCAUCAAAAAUCAAACAAUAAUAAUAACCUUUUCAGUGGUAAAGAUGCAUUUGAUUUGUAUACCUCUUAUGGGUUUCCAAUUGAUUUAAUCGAAAUUAUGUGUGAAGAAAAAAAUGUUAAAUUGAAUAUGGAAGAAUUCAAUACAUUGUUUAAAAAACAUCAGCUAGUUUCCGAUACGAAUAAUUUUAAAAUAAAUAAAAUUAUCGAUUUACCAGUAGAAAAGGCACAUGAAAUAAAAUCUAAGUACAACGUUUUACCUACAAUAGAUCAUCAUAAAUAUAAUUGGAACAAUACUUUUGAAGCCCCCAAAAGUAAAGAAGAAAAUAAAGAUAACUUAAGGUUGAAAUCAUCGGUUCAGAUUAUUUAUGAUGGUAAUUUUUUAGACGAAAUAGUGCAUACUGAUGACGAAGCAAAGGAAAGUUCAUCAUGUGAAAAAAUAGAAAAUAAGCAAAAGAAAUACGCAUUAAUUUUGAAGGAAACGAAUUUCUAUUACGAAAACGGUGGACAAAUAUAUGAUACUGGAUUUAUUCAAAAUGAAUCCAUGAAAUUUCAAGUAUUAAAUGUGCAAAAGAUGAACGAUUACAUAUUACAUAUUGGAGUUCUACUAAAUGGGCACAUCAAAAAAAACGAUGCAAUAGAAACAGUUGUUGAUUUUGAAAGAAGAAAACUUAUAGCUUGUAAUCACACAGCUACUCAUUUGUUAAAUUUUGCCUUAAGAAAGGUUUUAACAGAUCAAGUGAAUCAAAAAAAAAAUAAAUGCGAUAAUAAGGGUGAAAAAAAAGAGAAUUCUUUAGAAAAUUCUAUUGAAACUAAGAACAAAUUGGAAGGAAACUCAUCAUGUAAUCAUUCGAAUGGAAGCUCAAUUUUUAAUUGCGAACAGAAAGGUUCUUUGGUUGAUGAUGAAAAAUUGAGAUUUGAUUUUUCGUUCAUUGAAAAUAUAAAUAUGGAUGUACUAAACAAAAUUGAAACUGAAAUAAAUAAUAUUGUAAAAGAAGAAUUGAAUGUAUCAGUUAAAACUAUGGAUUUAACUGAAAGUAAAAAAAUAAAAGGAAUUCGAGCAAUUUUUGAAGAAGAUUAUGCCGAUAAAGUAAAUGUUGUUUUUAUAAGUAAAAAUGCUGAUGAUGUAUUAAAUAAUUUAGAUAUUAAUUAUACUUAUCUUUGUUCAAUUGAAUUAUGUGGAGGAACCCAUAUUGGAAAUACAAAAUAUAUUAAAGAAUUUAUCAUUACUUCAGAGGAAAGCAUAGGUAAGGGAAUUCAUCGAAUCAAUGCAGUUACAAAUAAAAAAGCAGAAGAAAUUAACAAAAAAUUUAAUGAUUUAGUUGCUAAAUAUAAACAUGUUUUUGAUGACCCAAAUGAAGAUAAAUUAACAGAUGUACAAAACUAUAAAAGAAUUUUAAAAGAAGAUAAGUUUUUGCCACUCAUUAAAAAAAAUAAAAUAUUAGAAGAUUUAGAAAUAAUUGAAAGAGAUAUUGUCGAAAAAAAAAAAAAUGCACAAAAGGAAUUGUUUAAUAAAGCAAUGAGUAUAGGUAAAUUAUAUGCUACAGAAAAUAAGGAUAACAUUUUAUUGGAUAUAAAAUUAUUUACUGAAAUAAAUGGAAAUCAAAAAGUCUUAGAAAAAGUUUGUCAAGCAUAUACUAAGGCUAAUAAGAACUUAAGCUAUUUUUUUAUUAUUCAUGACGAAAAUAAUACUUAUUGUGUUCUUGAAAUAAGAGAUUCUUUGAAAGGUAAAGGAAUACAGGCAGAUACCUUUAUGAAACAAGUAAUGGAAUCAGUGGAAGGCCAUUCUGGUGGCGGAAAAAACAAAGCAUUUGGUUCCUCAGGAAAGGAUAAAGGCACACCGAUAAAACAAUCUGCAGAAGAAGUAAUUAAGAAAUAUCUAUAA